AUGCAGGACAAAAUAUCAUGUCAGGCCGAGGAUCACUCGAAUAUUUUGAGCGAUAAUAUUUUGUGGAUGGCAGCACCGAAGAAACGUACAUCAAGAAAAACCAAAUGGCUUCGACAUCAGCGAAAGUUUAUAAAGAACAGAGAAGAUAUAGAGACAUGUUCAGUUUGUGGAAAUGCCAAACUGAUAAACCAUUUAUGUGCUACUUGCUUUGAACGCAUUCAACAAGCAACAGAAGAGGUAUUGAAGGACACUCAAAGUCAUCCAAGUUUUUGGCGACCAUCUGUACCUGAGAACUUGAAACAAUUUUAUAAGAAAUAA